GUAUGAACGAACAUCAAUAUGCUACGCAUGUACAUCAAUAGGGGGUCUCGAAGAUAAUCCGAUAGCACGCUGCCUCCCGGCUGUAACAUGGCAGGAAGGACUCUCCAACGUUACGGACUUCCAAGGCCCCUCCAGUGGCGAAAGCCUACAUCUGGGAAGGACGACACGUACAAAGCGCCAUGGUCGCAAGAGCAGCAGCCGCUGAGCUGCCCGCCAAGAGAAACGAGCUUUACAAGACUCUUCCGAACAACUGCGCCUCGAGUUGGUGGAGGGAUCCCGGCCUACGCAGACUAAACUUGGGCAUCUUGCUCGUCUUUGCCUCGGCGACCGCCAAUGGCUUCGACGGAUCACUUCUUAACGGCCUGCUUGCUAUCCCUCGAUUCCAAGCAGACGUCGUCAAUCGGGUUGACACCAGUACACUCGGCCUCAUCAUCGCUGCCAUAUCCUUGGGAGGCCUGCCCGCUCUUAUCCCUGCAGGCUACGUGUCUGAUAAAUACGGCAGGAAGCGCUGCUUGUGGAUCGGGACCAUCAUUAUCAUCGCGACUGCUAUUGUCCAGGCUCUGACCAGUGGUCCGUGGCUGUUCCUCGCAUUUCGGCUCUUCAUGGGCGUCGGCAUCGCAUUCGUCCUCAUUCCUGCGCCCGCUCUGUCUACCGAAGUUGCUCAUCCCCGUAACCGGGCGGCAGUUUCUGCUUGCUUCCAGACUGCUUUCUAUUGGGGCAGUAUUGUUUCGGCAUGUGCGACUCUCGGUGGCUUGUAUAUUCCUAGCUCAUGGGCCUGGCGCAUGCCGGUGAUGCUACAAGUAUUGUUCCCGGCGGCGCAGAUCGUGGGUUUGUUCAUUAUCCCGGAAAGUCCUAGGUGGAUGAUUGCAAACGGGCAAAAAGAAAAGGCUUUCUACGUACUGGCGAGAUACCAUGCCAAUGGCGAUACGUCCGAUCCGUUGGUGAACUUUGAGUACCAUGAGAUCUGCCAGACCAUCAAGAGCGAGGCAAUGGCUGCCAACGAGUCUUCUUGGAAAGAGUUCUUCAGGACGAAGGGCAAUCGGCACAGGUUCAUCAUUUGCAUCCUCGUCGGAAUCAUGAUUCAAUGGGCUGGCAACGGUAUCGUUAGCUACUAUCUCGCGCCAAUCCUGAGAUCGGUCGGCAUUACGGACCCCGUGGCAGAAGCUGGGAUUAAUCUUGGCCUCCAGGUGUGGAAUGCAGGAAUGGCCGUCGCCGGAGCGUUCGCUUGCGAUCGCUACGGCCGUCGACCUCUUUGGCUGACGAGUGCAAUCGGCAUGCUCUUCUCCCUAUCGGUCGUCACCGCACUGUCAGCAGUAUAUGCGGAAAGCAGCAACAAGGCUGCCGGUACGGCAGUCAUCCCAAUGCUCUUUGUCUUCUUCGGCUUCUACGACAUUGCUUUCACGCCUCUGAGUUACGCCUACCCGGUGGAGAUUCUGCCAUUCAAACUUCGCUCUCGUGGCCUGAGUGUGACGCUAACCACGGUCUUUGGCGCCGGUUUCUUCAAUCAAUACGUCAAUCCAAUUGCGCUGGCACGACUUCACUACAAGUUCUACUUUGUGUACAUUGGCUGUCUGAUCAGCUUCAUCUUCAUCAUCUGGUUCGUCUUUCCCGAGACCAAGGGCAGGUCCUUGGAGGAAAUUGCUGAGGUCUUUGACGGACCGGCCGAGACCGAGAUCAUUCGCCGGGCUAGCAUUGCUGCGAGCGUCACGGGAUGCUCGCCAAACAUCGUUUACGAAGUGCAUGACAGGAGCAAAUUUGACAAACCAGGGUAACAUUAGCAUAGCGAUUGUAC